AACACGUUGCCGCACGAGAUCUCCGAUCCGAAGAAGGAUGAACUUGAAUCAACUUUCAGUUCACGGACGUUCUUCCCACUGGAACGUCUUUCAGUAUAUAACAAUGAAGACUCCGCCCAUGUUUCUGUAUUCUCUUCUGCUAGUUCUGAUUUAUUCUGACGAACAUCAAACCGGUAUUACGAUUUCAUGAAUUUUGGGAAAUAUGUCUGAAGUGUCUGAACAAUGAACAUACUUUGACAGUAAAUUGAUGGAAAACAAGAAAUAUGGGAACAGGACCUCUCGAAAGAAAUGGAAAUUGGAGCAUCCACCGAAGGAUAUGACAGUGUCGCACUCCGAUGUGGAGUUGAGAACAUGAUCAUUGAACUCGUAACUACGCAAGAUUUCUCCGGCGUUAUUUACACUCAGGGCAGUUUCCAUUCAAAAAAAUCACCGUGCUUCCUCGAUCCUAAACAUGGACGUAAUUUUACUCUGAACAUCCCACUGGAUAAGUGUGAUACAAUAAAGAAUGGCGAAAAGUUUAGCAAUGUACUGAUCAUCCAACACGAUGACGAGCUCGUUACCCCAGGUGAUGCGGCUUUCGCACUAGAAUGUGAUUUCACGAAACCCCGUGAAUUAACUGUAUCGGCUGAUUUACCUGGAACAACAGAGAGGCCGAUGAAAUCCAGCAUAGCUCUGAUCGAUGCAGAUCCUGGACGUGAUCGAGCAAAGAAAGCAGCUUACAUCGAGAGUCAAACUGAAGAGGUUGUUUUCAAGCCUGAUACUAUCAGAAAGAAAAAGGACGAAUUGUAAGACUAAAGUUAUCGCUUCGAGUGCAGUGUGAAUAUGACUUACGUAUUUGUAACAUUGUGUAAUAAACGCUUAUCUCCGUAUUAUGGUCUUGAAAUUUUUAAAUCAUCUCCAUU